CUCUUUUUGAAGGCUUGGCUAAAUUAAAAGUGUUUAUUGGGCCGUAACAACAACAUUAAAUAAUACUUGAGGGCUUAUAAGCUUGGAUUGGAGAAACAAAAAAAAAGAAAAAUGCAGAGAAGAAAGCUUGUGCAAAUCUCAGUCUUUGUAAUCAGCAAAUCCCAUUUUUCAUCUUCUUCCAUUACCUCCCUCACCAAUCUCGACUUUCCAUCCUCAACAGCAGCUGAUGGCGAAGAUCCUCUCUACGCCGACGUGCCCAAGCCUCGGAGGGAUAAAUCGGAGAGGAAGCCUUACCCGACUCCGAUGAAGGAGUUGAUUCGGCGCGCCAAGGAGGAGAAACAGCUGAGGAAAUCACAUCCCUGUCGAGUUCUGGAAGAUCCGCCGGAUAACGGGUUACUCGUGCCGGAACUCGUCCACGUGGCUCACAGAGUUCACCGGUGCCGCUCCUCGUUACUCUCCGGCCUCUCUAAAAUCAUUCAUCAUAUUCCUGUUCAUCGCUGCAGAUUCUGCUCUGAGGCUCACAUUGGCAAGGAAGGUCAUGAGAUCAGGACUUGCACAGGCUCAGGGAGCGGUUCAAGAAGCGCGACUCAUGUAUGGAAGAGAGGAAGAGCGAGCGAUGUCGUCUUGUUCCCAAAAAGCUUUCACCUCUAUGACCGUGCCCUCAAGCCCAGAGUUAUACACGACGAGAGAUUCACCGUCCCUAAAAUCUCUGCGGUUAUCGAGUUAUGCAUACAGGCCGGCCUAGACCUCGAGAAGUUCCCAUCGAAGCGGAGAUCCAAACCUGUUUACAGCAUCGAAGGACGGAUUGUGGAUUUCGAGGACGCCGACUCAGAAUCCGCAGUUAGCACCACUAGUACUGUACUGUUGCAAGAAGAUGAUCGUUGCAGCGGAGAUAAGAAGAGCUUGAAGGAAGUAAGCAUCGAGACGAUAGAGUCGUGGUUUGAAAUGGUUUCAGGGGUCAGGGAACUGAUGGAGAGAUACAAAGUGUGGACCUGUGGGUACUGUCCGGAGAUUCAGGUGGGUCCCAAGGGACACAAAGUGAGGAUGUGCAAAGCGACAAAGCAUCAGAUGCGAGACGGAAUGCAUGCGUGGCAAGAAGCGACUGUUGAUGAUGUGGUCGGUCCGAACUUCGUGUGGCAUGUUCGGGAUCCAGAUGGUUCUGCUCUUGACAAUAGCCUGCAGAGGUUUUAUGGGAAAGCUCCUGCGGUCGUGGAGCUGUGUGUGCAAGGUGGUGCACCUGUGCCUGACCAGUACAAGAGUAUGAUGAGGCUCGAUGUGGUUUACCCUCAGCGUGAUGAGGUCGAUCUAGUCGCUUGACCUUUCGAUAUGAUUCAGCAGCAUCGAUCACAUUGAUAUGAAAAAAAAAGAAGAAAGCUCUUAUAUAUUAGGAAAAAAUAGGAACACAGCUUUGGUUCUUGUAUCCUUCCUAAAUAGAAGAGAGAGAGAGAGCCUCUUUGUGGUCUCAAAUCUCAAACCAUUCAAUUCUCAACCGCUCUGCUCCUUGCGGCAGCGAUCUCACUUCGCAGCUUCUCAAUAGCUUUGACCGCACCGAUUAUGUUCCUCUCCGUCUCUUUUAAUUGCUCAAGUUUCUCUACGUUCACACUCUUCUCUCCCUCAAACUCUUCCCUUAACCUCUGGUGCUCCUCUUUCAACCGCUCAAGCUCUUGGCUCGACGACUCUAAACCCUCUGCCUCGAUGCAACACUUCUUCAACUCCUUUAAAGCCGACUUAACCUGUGAAGCAAGCUCUUCGCGUUCACUCGCCAAUCUAUGAGCCUCAAUGUGAGCUAACUGCAGCUCCCUCCUUAUAUUCUCCCUGUUGUUGACAAUACCCUCCAAUUUGGCAAUCUUCUCAAGGGUGGCUCGGAUCUGGAUCUCGCUCUCUGUUUCUGUCUUUCUGAUGUGAGCUCUUAGCCCCUGGACUUCACGGUCAGCCACGGUUAGGUCCUCCUUGAGAGCUACGUAGCUCGCAGCUAGUUUCCGUUUGUCACUAGAGAGCCGGUCUAUCUCAGCGGCUCGAGCUGCAAUCUUGUUUUCUAGAACCUCGGGGUGUGAAAUCCGGUGGUAACGGUGGUCAGAAGCGGAAGAGUUGGUCUCGUGGUGCCCCGACGAUGAUCCACUUGUUGACAUGUCUUGGCUCACUCGGCUAUAAUGCUUUGAACCUACCCUCUCCCUCGAAGACAUUCUGCAAUUCAAUUAGAGAGAUGAUCUUCGGUAAUAUCAGCUGAAGUAGAACACGUGUUGCAAAAACUAGAGCGUUGUGCUCUAAAACCUGAACGAAUCAAAUCAAAGACUACGAUCGAUUUCACUAGGACACCCCCCAACUCCGGUCUUGGCUUGUCACAAAUCUCUCUGAGACUCUGAUACUUUUUAUUUAUUUAUAAAUUAAACCAAUUUAUGACGUACGCUCGUGUCAUGUCAUGCGCCUGUUUCAUAGCAAUAUGAUGGAUCCGUUGUCCAUAUAGGCCCAUUAGGUGUUGGCCCAUUUAUCUUCCAUGGUUGUUGUCACGUGAGCUUCCUUUCCUUCUCUUUCUCUUCUGCUCUUGAACGAAAGUCAUCAUCUUUUUCUCCCGAGUCCCGACUUUUCAUGAACAAAAAACUUCUUCAAUUCAGAUUCGCAACUGAAGUUAUAGGUUAAAUCAAAGCAGAUAAAUCGCUGACCCGUAAAUUCAUAUCCGAAUUCAGUUGCCCUGAUUUCCGAAUUCUGUCCCAGGGCUUCGAAAUCGUAUAUCUCUGCAGAAAGAAUACAUGGUAGAGUCUAUGGAGACGGAAAUGGAGUUCUCGGAUGGUGAACAAACUAGCGCUAACGCACGUGUUUCUAUAUCCCACUAUUCUAAUCCUCCUGCGUAUAACGGGACUGCUCUUGCGGCUGUUUACGGAAACUCAUCCAUUGGAUUAGAAAAUGGGAUGGGAAGGAGACAGGAACACGGAGAGCUACCUGGUUAUAUAUUUAUCUGUAAUGGGAGAACAAAACAUGAUUGCUAUCGUUACCGUGUCUUCGGGAUUCCAAAAGGGGGCAAAAACGUAGUUGAGAGUAUAAAGCCAGGCAUGAAGCUUUUCCUCUAUGACUUUGAGAAGAGGCUUCUCUAUGGUGUUUACGAAGCUACUAUUGGUGGCAAGUUGGAUAUAGAACCAGAAGCUUUUGACAAGAAAUAUCCAGCUCAGGUUGGAUUUAGAAUUGUCAAGAACUGUUACCCCUUGGCAGAAAACACUUUCAAGUCUGCUAUCUAUGAAAAUUACAGAGGCGGCAAGUUUAAGCAAGAGCUCGCUCCUCACCAAGUUAUGUCUCUGUUAUCGAUAUUUCGUCCAUUUACUGCUCCAGAACUCGAUGCAUUACCUCAUAGAUUAGCUUCCAUAGCAUCAGCACCCAGGGCGCUAUCUUUUGAGGAACGGUUCAUUGCUGCUACACAACUUAGAAAUGCUUCGUCAGCUUUGGAUCCUCUGUCUGCUCGUCAUGCAGAACCACGACUUGGUUCUCUUAUGUCCCAUCAGUCUUUUCCGCGCACACCUCUGCCCCAACAUACUUACUCCAGACAAGACGACUACACAACCCCAGUGAGAGAAGCACUAAGUCGGUCGAAUUUGAAUCAGCCUUAUUUUCCUACAGAAAGUCGGCAGCAACGGUUGCUCGGAGACACUACGCGGUCAUCUAUACAAGACCCUCAACUCAAAUACUUAACCAUUUUAUCUAAUAUCCGGAGAUAUGGAACUGCCUCAGAGUCAGAAAAUGAAAAUCAUCCUGCAAUGCCAUCGGAGAAGGACCAAUUUGCUUCACCUUAUUCUGAUAAUAAGUAUUACCCUUCGACAUUAUCUGGGAGUGAGCAUCCGCCUGCAUCUGCAGCUAAUGGGAGUGUGUAUAAUAGUGAGUUCUAUACUUCAGCAUCAAAGAAAGAAGGGGAAGCAAGUCAGCAGCAUGAGAUUCCUGCUGGGACCUACUAUCACCCAGUAACAUCUACAGUUCCAAAUACUACAGUGUCCUUGCAGGCAGUUAGUGUUGCUCAGUCUCAUACUGAGUCAGCUGGUUAUCCUACACAGGCAAAUGGUGAAGCCCCACAACCUGCUGCUGGAGCAACUGGUAACUACACCACGCAUUCACAGCUUGGGACUGUGGAAGAAAUUGCACAAUUAUAUGCUGGAUCAGUCAGUUACCCACAACAGCAGCAUUAUGCAGCUAUGGGGCAUACUGCUCAACUCUAUGCUGGUGGACCUGGAUAUAUUCAACAACCCAAUGCUGUAGCAACUGAGUACGCUCAGCAACACCAUGCUACACCUACUGGGUACGCUCAGCAACACCAUGCUACACCAACUGGGUAUGCUCAGCAACACCAUGUUGCAGCAACUGGGCACGCUCAGCAAAACCAUGUUGCAGCAACUGGUUACUCUCUGCAACCCCAUGAUGCAGCAACAGGGUACGCUGUGCAACCCCAUGAUGCAGCAACUGGGUACGCUCAGCAACACCAUGCUGCGGCAACUGGAUACGCUCAGCAACCCUAUGAUGCAGCAGCUGGGUACGCUCUGGGACCAGAUGGUCAAGCCGUUGUAUACACAACGCAACCACAUGCUCAAGCUGUUGGAUACACGCAAUACGGUGCUGAAGCUGGUGCAUACACUCAACAGGCUGUGACGCAAGGUUCUAUACCAGGGGUUCCUGGGACAACUAAUUGGAAUGCUGCAAGCCAGGCAUAUUACGCAACAGGAGACUGGAAUGCGGUGAAUCAGUCUUAUUACCCUUACGCAGCGGAUACAAGCACAACCUAUAACCAAGCAUCUUAAAACUGUUAAAGCAAAGUGUUGCCAAUCUAGGACUCUGGUAACUCUCGUGAUCUGGGAAACUUGUGUGUGUGGUGGAGAAGCAUGGACUCGAACUGGUGCACUCACUGGAAAAAUUGGACAAGGACAUAAAAAGGUGCUUCUGAUCAACCACAGUUGUUUUUUUUUCUGGGAACUCGAGAGGAUUUAUCUAUGGGUAACUGCUGCUCCGAUGUCUCCUCCGGCGCCGGUGCUAUAGCUGGCGUAGGUGGUACUGCUUCCUCUGCCGCUCUCGGCACUACUAACGACGCCGUUGAUUACUAUCUCAAGUCUCGAGGCUUCAACGGACUCUUCUCUCAGAUCGAGCUAUCGUUUUCUGCUUCCAAUUUGCGAGACCGGGACGUGCUCUCCAAGAGUGAUCCUAUGGUUGUUGUCUACAAAAAGGAAAAAGAUGCAACGCUUUCCGAAGUGUUCCGCAGCGAAGUUGUUUUGAACUCCUUAGCUCCUAAAUGGAUCAAGAAAUUUACGGCCGCUUAUCAUUUCGAGACUGUGCAGACAUUGUUGUUUCGUGUGUAUGAUGUUGACACUCAGUAUCAAAAUUCAAAAGAGGAGAUGCUUAAGCUUGACGAACAGCAGUUUCUCGGUGAGGCAACAUGUGCAUUGUCUGAGAUAAUCACAAAACCAACUAGGACGAUCACGUUAGAACUCAAGCGUAAAGAAGGCUUUGCCGCACAGAGUCAGCCUCACGAUGGAAAGCUUAUUAUCCAUGGUGAGGAGUCCCUUGCUUCUAAGAUUUCAACAGAGAUAGUAUUCAGAUGCUCGAGUUUGGAAUCUAAGGAUCUUUUCUCAAAAAGCGACCCCUUUUUGGUGGUAUCAAAGAUUGUGGAGCAUGGAACUCCAAUCCCGGUGUCUAAAACUGAAGUCCUGAAGAACGAUCUUAACCCUAUUUGGAAACCAGUCUUUCUAAGCGUUCAACAAGUGGGGAGUAAGGACAGCCCAUUGAUAAUAGAAUGUUCAGACUUCAACUCCAAUGGCAAACACAGUCUGAUCGGAAAAGUUCAGAAAUCACUUUCAGACUUGGAAAAACUUCAUUUGGCUCGCCAAGGAAUCAAUCUAUCUUUGCCUACCGGUGCUGGGCAAAACAAGGUGUUAAAGAGCCAGCUUUUUGUGGACAAGUUUACCGAGACUGUCCAGCACACAUUCCUAGAAUACUUGGCAUCUGGGUUUGAAUUAAGCUUCAUGGUAGCAAUAGAUUUCACAGCUUCAAACGGAAAUCCACGCCUCCCUGAUUCUUUGCACUACAUUGAUCCUUCAGGACGAUUAAAUGCCUACCAGAGAGCAAUAGUGGAUGUUGGAGAAGUAUUGCAGUUUUAUGACUCAGACAAACGCUUCCCUGCGUGGGGAUUCGGAGCUCGUCCAAUCGACGCUCCAGUUUCACAUUGCUUCAACCUCAACGGAAGCAGCUCAUACUGUGAGGUGGAUGGGAUUCAAGGAAUCAUGACUUCAUACACCAGUGCGCUCUUCAACGUCUCUCUUGCAGGGCCAACCCUUUUUGGUCCGGUGAUUAACUCUGCUGCGACUAUCGCCAGCCAGUCUCUAGCUCAAGGUUCCCGGAGAUAUUACGUCUUACUAAUCAUCACAGAUGGUGUUAUAACAGAUCUUCAAGAAACAAAAGAUGCAUUAGUCAGUGCAUCGGAUUUACCUUUAUCAAUCCUCAUCGUAGGAGUUGGAGGAGCCGAUUUUAAAGAGAUGGAGAUACUAGACGCGGAUAGAGGAGAAAGAUUGGAGAGCUCGAGCGGACGAGUGGCUUCACGAGAUAUCGUUCAGUUUGUGGCAUUACGUGACGUCCAACACGGAGAGAUCUCUGUGGUACAAGCCCUUCUUGCGGAAUUGCCUUCGCAGUUUUUGACGUAUAUGAGAAUCCGUAAUAUGAAGCCAAUUCCUCCGUGAAAAGAUGGUCUCUGUAACUUGAUUUGCCAAAGGAAAGUGUACAUACAGUAUAUACAUACUUCUCUACAACAGGCUGGACUCCUACAACGGCAAAAAACGCCGCCGUUUUGGGGUUAUAAGCUCUAUAAAAUGGCAUUUUCUACUUUCGUGUUUCUGUUUUCUUUUACUGAAUCUUGGAUGUAAAGAGUUUCGAAUGAAAGCGAGUGAUAAUACCAAGUACCACAUCGGUUUGGUUUUGUAUUGGAAAGUUUCUCCUUUUUCAAUAUUCGGAAAUUCAUAGCGAUCUGAUGUGUGCAUCUUUUC